AAGCCUAAGUUAUGUCACAACGUAACUCAAAGCAAAUGAGGCAAAGCUUGAUGUCCCAACCUUCGACACAACCCCGACAGGUGCAUGAAAGUGAUUCUGAGCAUACUAUGUCGGCAUUGCCUACUUCAAACUCAACUGAUUUGGAAGGAGGAUCACCUACCCCAAAUAUGACAACAACACCUCCAACGCACAAUCUAGAUCCAACCGACAAAAGGAUCUUCAUUCGUCCUAUUGGCAUGGAAGCGUUGGAACCUUACGAUGGGCAUAGAAAAAUCAUAGAAAGCAUUACUCGGUACUUCCCGGAGGCUUACAAGACGUUCAGAAGUGCACCUCAAAGUGUAAAGGAUAUUUGGUUUAAUGAAUACAAGAAAUUCUGUAAAUGGAAUCCAGAAGAUGAAGCAGUUAUCAGGAAAAUAUAUGACAGAAAUGCUCCCAAAAGACUUAGCGACACGUUGGGACAAGUGCGCUUAAAAUUGAAAGAAGGUAAAUCAUCAUCGAAGCAGUUUGCUGGAGUUUAUUGGAAUUAA